AUGACAAACAACACCCAAACCCCCGAAGGCUAUGCCCCCUUCGACUUGUACCCUUACAACCCAUCUCAGGGCCCAGCGUAUGCCUUCUUAGGCCUUCUCGGAGCGGCGGGAAUAGCUCACUUCAUUAUGAUGUUCCCCUAUCGAUCAGCCUUCCCGAUCCCCAUGAUAAUCGGGUGCGGCAUGGAGGCCGCCGCGUAUUGGUUUCGAUCACGAUCUCACGACAACUUGCGACAAACAUUGCCUUGUCCGAUCCAAAACCUACUCGUCCUUGUGGCCCCGCCAUUCCUCGCCGCCACCAUCUACAUGUCCCUCGGCCGGAUCACGAGAGCUCUCAAAGCACAAGAGGCAUCGCUUAUAAGCCUGCGAUGGAUCACCAAGUUGUUCGUCCUGGUUGAUCUGAUCUGCUUUGCCACGCAGACUGCCGGUGCCAUCAUGUCAGGGAGUGAAGACCUGGACGAGGCAAAACGAGGUCAGACUAUCAUCAUCGGCGCUGAGGAUCCGAGCAAGUCCCCCAGUACACUGUGUUGCUGGUCCCCAACCUUCUCUCAGUCCCCAGCCCGUCAAUCAGUCACGGCGCCCGGGCCGUCCCAGGUCAGAUUGGACGUCAUGGGCCGAGCAGAUCUGGGCUCACGCAGCCGAGUCCGCUACACCAACUCUGAAACUGCAAAGACUCUUAGCGACGGUAGCGGUUCCGAAACACUACUUUGGUCUGAAGGUGCGCCUCGAGUGGGAUUUCAACACAACUGCAUCCUCGAGCUCAUACUCUCGUUAUCAUCAUUUCAUCUGGCGCGGGUCAAACCUAAUGAUGAGCAGCGAUAUUCAUUAAUUGCAGAAACACACUUGACGGCUGCGUUACAACCAGCGAUGAUAUUGAUUAGCAAUCUUGAUGGAGAUAACAGUCCAGCUGCGUAUCUCACAUCGGUCCUGAUAUGCUUCGUCGCUCUCGCAAAAGGUCCAAGUCCCGGGAAUCUUCUCCCAACCAACAUUGAAGGACAAGUUUCGUGGCUUCAUCUCCUUCGGGGUGUGCGUUUAGUUGUCGAGUCCGCUGGCUGGUCUUCAAUAUUCUCGGGUAUGCUGGCAGAGUAUGCUCCGAAACCUAGUAGCGAUACGCCAGAACAAAACGCAACGACUAACCCAGCCUUAAUGGUUGACGGCAUCGAAAACUGGCACUGCUCUUUGAACGGAAUCUCGAAUCUAAUUGCUCAGUUAGCGGAAGAAAAGUUGCGCGACGUUUACGAUCGUGAGCUCCAGGCGCUCACUGCCUGUUUUGAAAGGACAUUUUGCAAAGGGCAAGAUGCUGCCUUGGAUACAGCUGGUAAGCUUCAGGAUGUCAUAGGCUGGGUCUAUCGGCUUGAAGAUGAAUACAUGGAAGGGUUACGCCAAGGAGAUCUUAUAUCAGCAGUCAUUUUGGGACAUUUCUGCGUCCUACUUCGGACAGUUGAGGCCCAGUUUUGGUUCAUGCACGGAUGGGCGGCCCAUGUCAUAGGGGAGAUUCUUGUCAUGUCCCCCGACGCUCGACAAUGGCUCUCAUGGCCAAUUGCGUAUCUGAACCAAGAGAAAUAG